AUGGGGGUCUCCAGCACACUGUUGCUUUGUGGACUUCUCCUCAUAUGGGGCAGCGCUGACACACUGAAUGGAGGCGGGAGGUCCGAGGCCCAGUCUCGGCUGGCCGAGGAGGUCCAGACUCGGUUCUCCGUGUAUCGGGACGGGGACUCUGUGGACAGCCUGUGUGCUGUGACUCCACUGCAGGAGGAGUCUCUCCAGAGCUGCAGCUUCAACAGCUCCAACCCCCUGGUCCUCAUCGUCCAUGGCUGGUCUCUGGACGGCGUUAUGGAAGACUGGGUGGUGAGGUUGGCGUGGGCACUGAAGGCCCACCUGGGCGAGGUGAAUGUGCUGGUGUGUAACUGGAUCCCAUUGGCCCAGCGCUUCUACCCAGUUGCUGCCCGGAACGCACGACUGGUGGGCCAGGAAGUGGCGCUGCUGCUGGAGUGGCUGGAGGACACAGCCCACAUCUCCCUGAGGAAGGUGCACCUGGUUGGAUACAGCCUUGGGGCCCAUGUGGCUGGCUUCGCUGGUCAGUUCUUCAAUGGCUCCAGGAGGCUCGGCCGGAUCACAGGUCUGGACCCUGCUGGGCCGAUGUUUGAGGGCAUGCCGGCUGCCGAUAGGUUGUCCCCUGAUGAUGCCAUGUUUGUGGACGCCAUCCACACGUUCACCAAGAGCCACGUGGUGCUGAGUGUGGGCAUCAGACAGACUGUGGGCCAUCUGGACUUCUACCCUAACGGAGGCACCCUACAGCCAGGGUGUUACCUUAGUGACCACAUCUCACAACACGGGCUCAGAGGACUGUCUCAAGCCAUGAAGUGUGCCCACGAGCGCUCGGUCAACCUGUUCAUCGACUCGCUCCUGCACGAGGACCAGCAGAUCACAGCCUUCCGAUGCCGUGACAACGGUGCCUUCAGCCAGGGCCUGUGCUUGGACUGCAAGAGGAGCCGCUGCAGCGCGCUGGGCUACGGAACGCACAGGGGCCACAGCGGAACCAACAAGAGGUUCUACCUCAGAACCCGCUCCCACAUGCCCUACAGAGUGUACCACUACCAACUCCGGGUCCAGCUCGUUGACCAGAUGAAACAGUCGUGGGCCUCAGCGUCUGUCACCCUCAGAGGCCUGCAGGGGGAGAGCCAGGAAUUGCCCCUCCACCUCCCGUCGGAGCUGAGUGGGAACAAGACGCUGAGUUUCCUGGUGACAGUGGAGUCGGGCAUGGGUCAGCUGGAGGGCCUGACGCUGCGCUGGGGACCGCAGGGCGUGCUGGCGGACAUGUGGCAGAGGAUGCGGACCAUCAUGCCCUGGGGCGGCCAGCAGGGCCAAGUGCUCAGUGUGGGGAGGGUGCGCAUCAAGGCUGGAGAGACCCAGGACAAGAUGUGGUUCUGCUCUGCCUUCCAAUCUGAUGGCGUGACCCGUCUGCAGCCCUGGACGGACUACACCUUUGACAGAUGUCAUACAUACACACGCCAGCCCAAGAAGUCCGUCUCUCUGUUGCCAUUGAAACCUCAGCGGCGCCUCCUCCAGGCUGCUCUGGUGCACUACACCCCGCCCCUUGCUGCCGCUCACGCUGCCACCACAACCAACCAGGAGCAUCCCAAUGAUGGGAUGGUGGAAGGAACCAAUCAGGCGUGUCCCGAUGAUGAUGUUCAUGAUGUAAUGAGCCAAUCAGGCGCGUCCCGAUGA